GUGGUGUAGCCAAAUUCCAACUUAUUAAUUGGAACGUCGGCAGAUAUUUGGCAUCGCUUGCAAAAGUGCAGCUUGAACGGCUGUGACAUCCCGUGCACGCGGCGUGACACCACGCGUUUGUCUACUGCCAUCUGUCACGCUCCUGCUCUUUCACUACUCCCCUAGCAACUCAUUAUUGACUAAAUCAUGUCCUCGACUGCCACAAAGCGCAAAUCAACAGCAGGAGCGGGGGUAGCAUCGAAGAAAGCACGUACAGACAACAGCCAUGAAGCCGCUCGGGCCCUUGUCUCCGAAAUCCUUGCAAACCCUGACGCAUAUGCUAUCCCCGAACGCGACGAGGACGUUAGAAAGAUAUUAAUAGAACUUGCAGAGUAUGCGCGGGCGUUGGAGGGGCAAAAUGCCUCAGGCUCCGCCGGUGCACCUCCCAAGUCGAAGGAACAACUUGAGGAAGCGGCGGAGAAGAUACGUAGAGCGGCGCAUGCAGGUAUCAAGAAACAAAUGAGUUGGAAACCGUCAUGUAAGACUGGCGGUGCCAAGUGGUCCUACGACGGAAUAUGCCCUGACCCAAAUGUUUUUGGCGUCCUCAUGGGUUUAGAUGGCCCUCCUACGUGGAAGAUGAAGAAGUUCACUGUCAACGAGUUUGACGAACUCAUGGGAGAAAUUACUUCUUCAGCCAGGUACUCGGAACUUAGACUUACCGGCACGAAUGUCAAUGCGCGCUGGUCAGACACAGGAGAAUUCAAGUUCAGUGGUACCUAUGGCGUUUGAAGUGUGUUCUUGUCGACUGGGUGUGAUAUUGCAUGCUUGUGCUAUAAUGUGGACCCCUUCAUAAUAUCAAUACAUAAGUACUCUUUCGUGAUACCGUAUUGUAUGCGUUCUAAUUGCCAUAUGUACUUACCUUCGUCUCGUCCCAAUACGCUUUGUGUUGUACCAUGAUUCAUCUU